UUCACCCUUCUUCAAUGAUCAUUGGCCAUGAUCCAAACCAUGUCUCGCCCAAAUGACUGGCUCCAAUUCUAUAACCAAAAUCUCUCUACUCACACACUUACACCUUCAAUUCCUGUCUCUUCAACUGCCACCGCCGCCACUGUUACCCCCACCGAAGCCACAACUACCACCGCCACCACCAGCCAGAUGCUGAAUUCAAGCUCAUCAGCAUCCACCCAUUUGAGCCCGGAAGGCCGUGUCUCAAAGGCCACACGGCGGCGAUCCCGGGCUUCACGGCGAACUCCCACCACUUUGCUCAACACAGACACCACAAAUUUUCGUGCCAUGGUGCAACAAUUCACUGGAGGUCCAAGUGCACCCUUUGCACCGACUCCAUCAUCAUUAAUAUCAUCAUCACAACAACAAGGUUUACAAAACCUCAUGGGUUUUGGGUUUGCCCCACGUCAAAACCCUCCUUUUAACCCAACUACACUCAUGGUGUCACCUCCUAGGUACCAUCUACAACAACAACAACAACAACAACAUCUAUAUCCGCUGCAAAACCAACAACAAUACAUGUAUAGUAGCACCAUACAAGGUGGAGACAACAUGUUUUUCCAGAGACUAAGCAACGCAAGACCUACAAACAAUGUUGUCACUGAUCAUGAUGAGGUUUUGAUGGAUCAUGAACAAGAAGGACGUUUCUUCCCAAACACUUCUUCUUCUUGAUUUUGAUGAUGAUAUGGAGAAAAGAAACCACCCCAUCAAAGUCCUUCUCCGAUAGGAACACGGAUAGAAGUUUUCUUUGGUCCGCAUGGUGAGGCCUGAUAGUGACGUAAAGCAGACAAAUUAGGUGCUAACUUGGGGAGAAUUGUUGACCAACCAAUGUAAAAUAUAGUUUUAUAGUACACUAUCUUCUUUUAGGUCUUAUUUUAUUAUUAUAUUAAUAUUUUCUUUUCUUUUUUUCUUUUUAAAUAAUUAUUGGGCUUUUCUUUGGUGGAAUUGGGCUAUGCUUC